UCCUGGGGGCGGUGAGGUUUACUGGCAGUCGGAGUGAACAAAAAAACCGAAGUGGAACAGAGCGUGCGAAAAAAUACCAGUAAUAACCUCGGAGGGGCCCCGACAGGGACUGAAACUGUGACUGCAGGCAAUCGGGUCUGUGCUCCCGAUCUAAGCCAGAGAUGACCACCGAGAAGACUACAUACUCUCCCGUGGAGGGGCUAUCCUCUCCACCAACGCUCCCCGGACAGCCAGCGUUUCCUGUCGCAUUUGACAUGAAUAUGGCAGGCCCAAAUAUGUACGGAGGACCUGCCCCAGGUGGUGCACCUGCUCCUACUGGUUUCCUUGCUUCAAGUGAUGCACCUGCUCCUACUGGUUUCCUUGCUCCAGGUGGUAUCUCUGCUCCAGGUGGGUUCCCUGCCCCUGGUGGGUUCCCUGCCCCUGGUGGGUUCCCUGCUCCUGGUGAGUUCCCUGCUCCUGGUGGUCUCCCUUUACCCCCACCAACUGCUUUUGGACGGGCUGUCCCCGGAGCUUUCGGAACGACCGACCCUCAAGGCGGCUCACCCUACUCGUCCCCAGGCCAGGGCUUCAGUGGUAAUGAUGAGGUUUUCCACAAUGAGGACGACCCACCACCCUUUCAUGAGAAUCAAGACUUUGAUUUUGGAUUAGACAACAAGAGCAUAAGAAGAGCCUUUAUUCGAAAGGUGUUCUUGGUAUUGACUGCUCAGCUGUUGGUGACAUUCGCCUUUGUGGCUGUUUUCACCUUCGUGCAUGAAGUCAAGGCAUUUGUCAUGGUGAACAUCUGGACCUACUUGGUGUCCUACGCUGUUUUCUUUGUGUCCGUCUGUGUGAUCAGCUGCUGUGGAAGCGUUCGCCGAAGACAUCCUUGGAACCUGGUUGCAUUGUCUGUCUUGACUCUCAGUAUGUCCUACAUGGUGGGAAUGAUCGCCAGCUUCCACGACACAGAGUCAGUGGUAAUGGCAGUGGGCAUCACAGCAGUGGUGUGCUUCACAGUGGUCCUCUUCUCUCUGCAGACCAAGUACGACUUCACUUCCUGUUAUGGUGUGCUUUUCGUCUGUUUAAUUGUCCUGAUCAUCUUCGGCCUCCUCUGCAUCUUCAUCCGCGACAGGAUUCUGCACAUUGUGUACGCUGGACUGGGAGCUUUGCUCUUCACCUGUUUCUUGGCGGUGGACACGCAGCUGCUGCUGGGCAACAAGGAACUGGCCCUGAGUCCAGAAGAAUACAUCUUUGGUGCUCUCAACCUGUACAUGGACAUCAUCAACAUCUUCCUCUAUAUUCUUGCCAUUGUUGGAAGAGCGAGGGGGAGCUGAGCAGGAGGAACAACAGAAAUAAAUUCUGAAGGAAAAUUACUUUGAGUUCACGUCUAGAAGUCACUUUUAUUUCGUCUUGUAGUGCGCAUUAAUCAUAGCUUGAGGAUAAUUUGCUUCACCCUGUGUAAAUGUGAUUUUUUUGAUAAUAUAUAUAGAUAGUCUAUGUUGUAGUUUGGGGGUUUAUGAAAGUUUUAUGAGGUAUAUGACGUGUUGUACAGAACUUAAUUUUGAUUUAGAAAGUUAAACAAAAUCAAAACUGUAUAAACAUUUGACACUAGCUUUUUUUCCCUGGGCUUUCAACUGUAUCACAGUCUUCAUCAGCAAAAGGAGUUUGAUCAGUUGUCAUGGAGAUAAAAGUGUUGACAUCUUGUUGUGUGGUUAUUUCCAAGGUCAAGAUUGAAUAUAACCGACAAGCUAGUGAGGAUGAGAAGGUGCAGGGAAGAAAUCAUUCCUUCUGCACAUCCAUCACCAUGACAACUGAGUAAACUACAUCAGUUGGUGAAUACUGUGAUGUGAUUGAAAGCCCUAAUUGAAGCUAGUAAGCAGACCUUGUUUUUGUUUUGUUUGUUUUUUGUCAAACCACUAUUUCCAAGGUGAAAAAUAACCUUUACUGCUGUAUAAAGUUUUUUUUAAACCUGA